AUGCUGUACGAGGUCCGGGUCGCUGCCAAUAAAGGCCUUGGACUCUUUGCUAAGAACACCAUACCGCGCGGGACGCGCAUUCUUGCUGAGAAACCGCUCAUCGCGCUGCGGUUGGGACAGCGACCAACUGACGUCCUUGGCUAUGCCAAAAGACUGGAUUUAGAGGAGAAAAAGCGGCUGUUGGGGCUGAGCUGGCAUCCUGGAAAUGGAGUCAAGAGAAUGGGGAGAUGGGUCGAAGCGUUGUGUUGGGCGGUGAGGAAUCGGGCCACGGAUGGAAAGAGUGCAAGAGCACAAGGUAACGAUACCGGAAAAAUAUCAGCGACUGUCACUGAGCGCUUAAGUGAGCUGGUAGAAAGUCUGGGAGAGGCUGUCCAGAUUCUGAGCAUCUUUCGGAGUAAUUCGUUCAACCUAGCUGCGUCAGAAAUCUUGUCUUCGGGUGUGCAGCCAUCAAGUACAUCAUCGCCAAAAACCUCAAAUCCGCCGAACGCACUGAAGAAGGUAAUUGGCAACAAUAACCUGCGCGUCGAAGAAAUCUCGCCACCAUCAAGACCAGCAAUCGAACUUGCCCUCUUCCCGUCCAUCGCUCGAAUCAACCACUCCUGCAACCCGAACGCCCAGGCAAAUUACCACCCCCUGCAUCAAACCUUCAACGUACACGCGACCAGAGAUAUACCAGCCGGUGAGGAAGUCAGCAUCAAUUACCUCCCCGAGCAUGGCCAGUUGCGUGCUCAACGCGUCGCCAAGCUAGAAGACGGCUACGGCUUUACCUGCAACUGCCCCGUAUGCGACCUCGAUACCAAAGCAGGCCAGAAGGGCGAGCAGAGCAGGAGAGAGAUGCAGCAAACUAUGAAGAGGACCAGAGCGCUUUUCACGGAUAGCACAGGUGUGGCGGAAUCGCGCGACGCGGGAUACGGUGCAGAUGGUAUGCCGGAGUCUUUGUCCAGCACCGUGUCCGACAAGGAGCAACGGCAGAUAGAUGCGUUGAGGGCGAUGCCCGAGGAGGACCGCCAGACCUGGCUCCGAGAACGCGAGCUCAAGGUGCUCAAUAAGAUGCUCGCCAUGUACCAGACCCAAGGCAUUGUCGGACGCGAGGUUUCCAGUAUGCAUUAUGCAAUCGCACGGCUGCAGCGGAGUACCGGUUCGGAUGAGCAAGCGAUGGCCAGCGCGGAAGCUGGAUUAGAGCUCGAAAAGGCGUGUCUUGGGGUGGAUCAUCCGGCGUAUCUUGAAGCACUGGCCAUGGUUGAGGGUCUAAGAGUUGAUGCCGCUCGCGCGCAGCUAGUGUCAACAAAAAGUAAAUGAAGCGGUUAUGGUUUCUACCUUUCAUUAGCGACG